AUGGACGUACGGUAUAGUAAUCUGGGGCUCUGCCGAGAACCCAAACACGAGUACCGUACGAGCAUUCCGAAACAUUUGUCUGCGGCUAAUCACUGGCUAAUCACCUUGGUUCGUCUCAAACGAGACCCUGAAUUCCCUUCCGUAAACGAAACUGCUGCUACCUACUACGAACGCUUCCGCGGCCGACUACUAGAUAUUCCAAACCGGCCAAUCAGCGAGUCAGCUUCACUGACACUUCCUGGAAACCCUAACAGACGCCUCAAAAGAAAUUGGCGCCGGGACCCGAAAACCCAAGAACUAAUAGUCUAA